ACAGGAAGUCUGUGCUUUGCCACGCAGGGAGGGCCAGGCUUCAGAGGAAAGAAAAGUGAAAGUAUUUGAGCUGGUCGAGCAGGAAGCUGAAGGCAGGGUCGCAGCUCCGGAUACUUGUGAGCAGGUGUUCUGGUCACCUCUUGCUCCUCCUGUCUGAUCAGCAUGAUGUCACCAACAAAUCUAUCCAUGUGAUGUCCUAUGUGAUAUCCAGGUGAUCCAGAUCUCUUUGGACUACAUUACAACAAAGGACAGGUGCCACACCUGUUGGCAGACAUUCUCUUCAGAGCUCUGGGAAGGCACAGAGAGAGUGAGUCCAGGCAAGCCUGACCCAAGACUGGCUCAUGGCCCAGCAGGGCCGGGAGGAGAAGGUGGCAGGGGUAGGCAGCGAUGUCAAUGCCAGGAUGUUCACAGGGGACCAGAACCCAGAGGACCAGACCCCAGAGGAGCAGUUUUUCUAUGAGUUCAUUUUCAGCCUGUUUAAAGAAAACAAGGUGGAGAUUGCAAGUGCAAUAACAAAGCCAUUUCCCCUCCUCAUGGGCCUCCGAGACCGUGGCUUCAUCCCUGAGAAGAUGUAUGAACAUUUUCAAGAAGCCUGUAGAAAUCUGGUUCCAGUGGACAGAGUGAUGUACAAUGUUCUCAGUGAACUGGAGAAGACAUUUGACAAGACAGUUUUGGAUGUGCUGUUCAGCAAGGUUAACCUGAGUGCCUAUCCUGAUUUAUUUGAUAUUUACAGAAGCUUCCAAAAGAUGAUUCAUGACAAUUUCUAUUACCAAGCCAUUGAGGAAGGAGAGACAAAGGGGAAGCUUAACUUCCAAUCAAGUCACCAACUAGGUGGCAGCCGGCCUCGAGCUAGAAUGCCAGAGCUUCUCAGUGACGGAUGGCAGACAAGUCUGAGGGACGGACAUUCAUCUCGUAACCCAAAAGGUGCAACAGGAAAUGAAGAAAUGACAAAGGAAUGUGCCCAAGAAUCUGAACAAGCAGGUAUCCGUGGGAUUUCAUUCCCGUCUGCAGAAGGCAGCAAAGCCUGUGAGGAGACCAAUGAUGGAGAAGAGCUCCAGGAAGCUGUGAGCUCCCCACCAACAUGUGGGCCAGUUUCCCGUGCACACCAAGCUCUCCCAGGGACUGAUGGAGGCAAUCCUGAAAAGACACCCAGGCUGCAACCGGGUGGCAGGGGAGUGUCCUGUGGACUUAAAGCUCUACAAACAGAUGAAAAAGGAGAAUCGGAAGAAAUGCCCAAGUUACGACCUCACAAUAAAAGAGCAUCUAGAAAACUAGAAGCUCUCCAGAUGAAGAAAAAACGAAAAUCAGUAAAGCUUACUUCUGGCCUACUACUCUAUGAUGAGCAAGCAGCAGAGCUCUCAGCACGUGGAAAUGAGAAGUGUACCUGCGUUAUGUGCUCCCCAAGAGCUGUGCCAGGAAGUCCAGAACCAAGGGCUGGAAGUAGCCAAGCACAUGACAUGAUGGAUACUGUGGAUCUUGGAAACAACUCUACUCUGGGAAAACUCAAAAAGAGGAAAAGAAGAAAAAAGAAAUGUCAUUCCUGGUCAAGAAAUAAAAGAAAAUGGCAGAAAAACAUACAUGAAAAAGACAAGCGCAGAGCCACUGGCCCACUGGUCUCGAGUGGAAAGAAGGUGAAAACACAUCUACAAGAACUUGUCAAGAUCAAGGAGUCAAGAAAGCACAGAUAUAAAAGUAUGAAUUUUCGCUCUCAAAUACUUCCUGUGACCUGUGGUGAGAUAAAGGGGAUGUUACAUAAGAAGAAAUUGAAACAAGGAAUCUUGGUGAAGUGCAUACAGAGUGAGGAGGGAAGAUGGUUCACCCCCAGGGAAUUUGAAAUCAGAGGAGGCUAUGCAAGAUCUAAGAACUGGAAGAUAAGUGUGCGCUGUGCUGGGAGGCCCCUACGAUGGCUAAUAGAGAAAAGAUUUCUAAAAAGUCCUCCAAGAAAAUAUUACAGGAAAAAAAAGAGCAUACUGGAUUCUCCCAACAACACCUUAGUUGACCCUUAUCUGGGAAACUCCGAUGAGUGUGAGAUGUGCCGGGAUGGAGGAAAGCUGUUCUGCUGUGACACGUGUUCAAGAUCCUUUCAUGAGGAAUGCCACAUCCCAGUGGUGGAAAGCGAGAGGAGCCCGUGGAGCUGCACCUUCUGCAGGAUGAGGGAGGCCUCGGGAGGCCCCCAGUGCCACGAGGAAGCUGAGGUCCUGGCGAGGCCGAUGAGGCCUGGGGAGCAGCUGAAAUGUGAGUUCCUCCUCCUGAAGGUCUAUUACCAUUCAGAGAGCUCCUUUUUUGCGAAGAUUCCAUAUUAUUAUUAUAUGAAAGAGACCUCUCAAAACCUCAAGGAACCCAUGUGGUUGGAUAAAAUCAAGAAGAAGCUAAACAAGCAGGGUUACCCCCAGGUGGAGGGGUUUAUACAGGACAUGCGCCUCAUCUUUCAGAACCACAGGGCGUCUUACAAGUACAAUGACUUUGGCCUAAUGGGAAUUCGACUGGAGACAGAAUUUGAGAAGAAUUUCAAGGAAGUGUUUGCUAUUCAGGAAAUAAAUGAGAAUAGUUCCCUGGAGUAGUGAAUGCUGUUGGCACCCUGGAAAAAUUCCCUUUUGGGGCAGAAUUCUCAUCCUGUGGCUGCAAGGGUUGGCUGUGGGUACAUCCCCCCCCACCACACACACACACCAAGUAUUGUCUUGGGCCAUAUGGAGCCACCCUCACCACACCUGUUUGACCUGGGGUCUGGCCCCAGCCCCAGGAGGAGCCGACCCUGUGGUGGGUUCCUGCCGCUGUGCUGUCCACGGGAUCAGCCUGCAGCUGGUCUCUAGCUGUGACUGUGUCUCGCUUAGCUUUUCCCCCCAUGCCAUACUGCUUCCAUCCUAACACUUUCUCUGGAAGAAACUUUCAUAAUAAAUCACUUUCUCAAGA